AUGAGAAGUGAUCAUACAAAACAACGAGCGAAGAAUAUUUUGUAUAAAGAUUUACCAGAAGAGAAAAAAGAAGAACUCCGUAGAAAAGAUAGAGAAAGAUAUGCUAAAAAAAAGGCAUCUAGCAGCAAUUCCCUCCAAUUAAAAGAUUCAACUUCAUUUGGUGGUGAUCAACUGACUACAUCAAUUGAUGAACUUUCAAAUGAUGAUGUCCAACGUAUAAACAUCAUUCAAGACUUUACUGUUCUACAAAAGGUGUCAAAGAGACAACGAAUUUUCCGCGCUGAUGUUGACAUCAAUGAAUUGAGUUCAUGUCAUGAAGUAUGUGUUCCUCCUGCUGUAAAUGUCUGUGUGGUUGAUUCAGAGGCAACUUCAUCAUUAAACAAUGUGACAGAUCAGUCUAAUUGUCCGAGUGAUUCUAUGGAUUUUCUGACACGUAAAUCAGGAAAUACAUACAUAGAUGAAACAACCGUCUCAAAUCAGUUUCUGAUUCAACAGGCUCCAUGUGUUAUUCAGGAACAGUCAAGUUUUGAAACAAGUAUACCGCCACCUUGUAGGGGUAAGAAACCAGUGAGGGGUAUCGCCGCUCUGCUGGACUUAGGCAAUUAUUACAAGUUGUGCCAUUUGAAGCGUAUUCUUUGCCAGCAUGAAUUAGAAAAUCGCAUUUCUGAUUCAGACAGAAUGAAUCCAUCAAUUAUAGCUCAACUCAUCGAUAUUCUUCGCAUCAAUCCAUAUUCUAUUUUUUUCCGGUCUCUUGGUGAUUUGCCAAAUUUGGAAAAUCAAGUAAUCCAUAUAAGAUCAGAUGCUGCAUUAAACAGAAAAAGGAAGGAUCCAGUUGUUUCGUGCCGUGAAUAUUAUUGCUACAAGUUACAAAUCAGAGAAAAUGUCAGAUCAAUUUUGUUACUGUCUGGUCGCUUAUUGCAACAAUUUGUUGUUGAUAUGUAUGUUAAGAUCGAGACGUCGAGAUUAGAUUAUUUCCGUAGCAAACAACAACAUAUUCGAUCUGAGUUAUAUCAAGGUAUUGUUGAUACCAUUACACUUGGGGAAGCUGAUGCUUCUAAAGUUGGAAAACGGAUUAUUCUGCCUUCGUCAUUUAUUAGGGGUCCAAGAGAUAUGCGAAAAAGAUAUAUGGAAGCAAUGGCUUUAGUUCAGCGUUAUGGUAAACCAGACAUUUUUUUAACAAUGACGUGCAAUCCAAACUGGCAAGAAAUUUCAAAUGAAUUACGCCCGCAUGAGGAGAGUCAAAAUCGGCCUGAUUUGGUUGCUUGGGUCUUUCGUGCAAAAUUAGAAGAAUUAAAGGAUCGAUUAUUCAAGCAGCAAAUAUUUGGAAAAGUCUCAGCAUAUGUUUAUGUUAUUGAGCACCAAAAAAGAGGGCUUCCACAUGCACAUUUUUUAAUUAUAUUACAGAGAGAUUGGAAACUCUAUGCGCCUGAAUCUUUUGAUGAGAUUGUAUCGGCAGAAAUACCUGAUAAAAAUACAAAUUUGCACUUGCAUAAUGCUGUUAUCAACCAUAUGAUGCAUGGACCAUGUGGAGUGUUGAAUCCAACAAAUGUUUGCAUGAAAAAAAAUGGUUGUUGCAAAAGCCAAUAUCCAAAAAGUUUUGCAUCAAGUAUGACUGUUGGAAAUGAUUGCUUCCCAAUAUAUAAGCGUUCUGACAAUGGAAUAAUUGUCAAAGUGAGAGGCCAUAAUUUGGAUAACUGUUGGGUCGUUCCAUAUAAUCCGUAUUUGCUUGCAACAUUUGACUGUCACAUUAAUGUCGAGAUUUGUUCUACGAUAAAGGCAGUCAAAUAUCUUUACAAGUAUAUUUACAAAGGGCAUGAUCGUGUUGCUUUCAAUUUGGUUUCCGAACAAAACAAUCAACAAAUUGAUGAAAUCCAACAAUUCCAAUCGGCCCGAUGGAUUGCUCCACCUGAAGCUAUGUGGAGAAUAUAUGGCUUCAUUGUUAAUGAAAUGUAUCCAGCAGUAUAUAGUUUACAUUUACAUCUUGAGGAUCAACACCAAGUAACUUUUCGAGAAAAUGAAAACUUAAUCAAUGUUCUCAACUCUGAUCGGUCUGCAAAAUCAAUGUUAACAGAAUUCUUUGCAUUAAACCGGGUGGAUGAAAAUGCCAGGACAUUAUUGUACAAAGAAUUUCCAGAAUUUUAUGUUUGGAGCCAACAAUACAAACAGUGGACUCAUCUUAGGACAGUUGAUGGUGUCGUGGCUCCAACAUUUCGUGAGACAGCAACUAUGCAUGGUUUGCUACAAAGAGACAAUAGCUUAGAAGAUUGUUUACAUGAAGCAUCUCUAUAUCAAAUGCCGUCCAGCUUGAGACGACUGUUUGCAACUAUUUUGGUUUAUUGUAAUCCAACCAAUCCGAGAGAGCUUUGGGAACAUUUUGAGCAAGAUAUGUCAGUUGAUUUUAGGUCGACUGAAGAUUCUAUGUUGAAUGUAAGAAUGCAAGUUUUGCGCUCAAUCUCUUUUACACUUGAAUCAAUGGGGAAAGACAUUAAUUCGUUCCAUCUUCUUGAUGACAACAUUUGUUUUGAUGAAGACCAAGUCGAAUCUAGGGAAAUCGAUGAUGAAUUGGCUGUUGAAAUUCCAGAAGAAGAUAUUGUUGCAUCAGAAGCGCUUAAUAGUAAACAACGACAUGUCUAUAAUUCAGUUUUGGGAAAGGUUUUUUCUAAUGAAGCUGCUACAUUUUUUGUUGAUGGCCCUGGUGGGACGGGGAAGACAUUCCUGUACAAGGCACUUCUUGCCGCAGUAAGAUCAAGAAAAUUAGUCGCACUUGCAACUGCUUCAUCUGGUGUUGCUGCAUCUAUCCUUCCUGGAGGUCGAACAGCACACUCGCGCUUUAAGAUUCCACUGGAUACUGAUGAACAUAGCAUGUGUUGUGUCAGUAAACAAAGUGCCAUCGCGAAGUUACUACGUGUGGCAAGGUUAAUUAUAUGGGAUGAGGCCCCUAUGUCAAGAAAACAACAUAUUGAAGCAUUAGAUAAAAUGCUACGAGACAUUAAUGAUUCAGAGUUAACAUUCGGUGGAAAAGUUAUCGUUUUUGGUGGAGAUUUUCGCCAAGUUUUACCUGUAGUUCGUAAAGGAACAAGACAAGAACAUGUUGAUGCCAGUUUAGUUUCUUCUUACUUGUGGCCUACAUUGAUCAAGUUUCAUUUGACUGAAAAUAUGCGAGCAAGAUUGGAUCUAGUCUUUUCAGAAUAUGUGUUAGAAUUGGGCAACGGAAUGCCACCAAUCACAGUUGAUGAAACUAUAAAAAUUCCUGAUGGAAUGCUUGUUUCGUAUGAAGAUGACUGUACUUCUUUGGAUCAUUUAAUAGAUGCUGUUUUCCAUGAUAUUCAUGAAUAUUCAAUAAAUAUUUCAGCUAUGAUGAAUCGGGCCAUAUUAACACCAAAGAACAGUUAUGUUGAUGAAAUAAAUGCAUUACUAAUUCAUAGAUUUCCUGGUGAGAUUAAGCGAUAUUAUAGCUUUGAUGAAGCAAUAGAUGCAUCUGAACAAUCAGUUAUGGAGGAUUUUUUAAAUACUCUAACCCCAAAUGGACUUCCUCCUCAUGAAUUGUUACUGAAGAUAAACUCUUUAAAGAUGCAGACGGUUUAUACAUCGAUAAAAGAUAUCACUCCAAGUACAAGAGACUGGAAAAUCAAAAUGAUUGUGGCAGAGAAGUCACCCAAACGAACAGGUCAACGCUCACCAGUGAAGUACCAAAGCCUAACAUUGAUUGAUCCAGAGGAAAAUCGGCUGCAAGCUACGAUAUUUGAUAAGGAUAUUGACUCGCUGUGA